CUUUGUGCAGAACUCAAGAUCCCCUUAUAAUGAAUACCACCUUGGCACGGUCAGCAGCUCUGCACUGUCGUAGCAGCUGGAACAUGUUAACAUAUUGAUUUUGGGAUUGUUUUUCACUGAGCUGACAGAGCAUAGAAAACAUCAGAGUUCAGAGUGUAAAAAAUGACUCCUGCAGUUAGACCCUUUAAGAAUCAAGACUUUUUGGAAUUAAAAAAAGAAUGUGUGAAAGGAGGAAGGUUGUUUGAAGAUCCAGAGUUCCCAGCAGCUGAUGAGUCCUUGUUCUACAGCAAAGCUCCCCCACACAGUAUAGAGUGGAAACGGCCUGGGGAGCUUUGUAAUGACCCAUAUUUGUUUGUGGAUGGAAUUAGCCAUCAUGAUUUACACCAAGGACAGCUGGGGAACUGCUGGUUUGUGGCUGCCUGCUCAGGUCUGGCUCUUCAUCAAGCUCUCUGGACAAAGGUUAUUCCAAACUGGAAGAAGCAGGAGUGGGACCCAAAAAGACCACACAAAUACGCAGGAAUUUUCCAUUUCCAUUUCUGGUGUUUGGGGAAUUGGGUAGAUGUCAUCAUUGAUGAUCGUUUGCCAACCAUAGAUGGAAAUUUGAUCUAUUGCCAUUCCAAUGUGAAAAAUGAAUUCUGGUGUGCUCUGCUAGAGAAGGCGUAUGCCAAGUUAUCAGGAUCAUACGAGUCACUGGAUGGUGGUAGCACAGCAGAUGCCAUAGUGGAUUUCACAGGAGCAGUUGUGGAAAGUAUUAACUUAACUGAUGAAAAGUACAUUGUUAACGUGGCUGUGCAGACAAAGUUGUUUGAGGAGCUUCUGAAAGUUCACAGACAGGGAGGGCUGACCUGCUGUCAUCUCAAGGCUCCUUCCUACAGUGACGGGGAGAAAGUCACACCUCUAGGACUUGUUAAAGGACAUGCAUACUCUUUAACAGCUAUUAAAAAGGUGACAUUGGGUGAGAAGACUCUUUGCUUUGGAAAGACUACCAAACUGUUUAUGGUUAGAAUGAGGAAUCCAUGGGGAAAGAAAGAGUGGAAAGGUGCAUGGAAUGAUGAAUCUGAAGAAUGGAAUAAAGUUAGCAGGUCUGAGAAAGGGAAGCUCGGGCUUACUGUGCGAAAUGAUGGCGAGUUCUGGAUGACUUUUGAGGAUUGGUGUAAGAAUUUCUCCCAUGCUGACGUGUGCCAUGUGAUAAACACCUCAUUAUUCAGCCAACACAAGACAUGGGAAAAGGGAGAAGCACAUGGAAAAUGGACAGAUAAUACAAAUGCUUUGCUGAACCGCUCUGGAGGAUGCUUCAAUAACAAAACAACAUUCUUUCAGAAUCCACAGUACAUAUUUGAAGUAGAAAAAGAGGAAGAUGAAGUGCUUGUUUCUCUACAACAGGAAGAUCAGAGAAUUCAUAAGAAGUCUGGCAAGGGAGACCGCUUCAUUAUAGGUUGUGAAAUACUCAAGGUGGAACAGAAUAGAGAGUGCAGGAUCCACAAGCUUCAAGGACAUGAGAGGGUUGCAUCUUUACCCUACAUGAACCUGAGAUCUGUCUUCUUAAGGAAGGUGUUAAAAAAAGGAAAAUACGUAAUUAUUCCUACAACUUUUUACCCGGGCAUAAGCUGCAACUUUAUUUUGAGGCUCUUUACAGAUGUACCCACUAAUUUCAGGGAGCUUCUGCUUGAUAAACCAAGUAUGAGAUGCUGGAACCUGCUAUGGGGAUACCCUAAAAGAGUCACUCAGGUGUCAGUACGGAGUGUGGAAGGAGUACAACCACAGGGUGAAACAGAAGGAGCUGAAUUGUAUGUUAUUAUAAAAUGUGAGCACAAUAGGGCCACCUCUGAAGUCCAUCGAAAUGCCACCAGUGCUGUUUUUGACGUGAAAGCAAUCUUCUACCGGAGGAAUAUCAACAAGCCAAUUACUGUUCAGGUCUGGGGGAGCAAACUCAUGUGUGACCAGUUCCUGGGCCAAGUGCUCCUGGCUGCAUCACCUAAUGACCCUCAAGAAGAACAGGCUCUCCAGCUGCAUAACAAGGAUGGUCGGGAAGCAGAGGAGAUGCCAGGACGGGUAAAUGUCAAGGUUGUCUCUUCGGAUGACCUGCUUGAACUGUGAAUAUGAGAUCAUCCUCAAGACAGAGACAGUGCUGGGAGCAAGAGACAGUCUAGCAUCUCUAUACAGCCAAUGUCACGCCUCUGUUCGCACGUAUAGGCCCCGGAGAGCUGCAUCUAUGCUGCACACCAGAAGCAUUCAUAUAGCAUACCCAACAGUAUUUUCUUUUGUAAUCAUUCUACAGAACAAUGUUGGCUGCCAAAAAAUGCGUACUAAGAUUGUAUUUCUACACGUCAUA